CCUCGAAAAUUGUUCACUGACCCAUACUGAGACGUCAGUGCCAGCUGUAGGUGAUGUAACACGAAUUUAGACCUAUGCUUAGCGCACGGAGCCGUAAACAGCAGUGAGGAUUAGAUCGUGAGAUCCGCUUAAUAUCCAAACGAUUUCUAAAUGUCCAUCUUCGCUAGCGAAAGAUUUACGAUCCGCUCUGCUAAAACCGCUAAUAUUAGUUUGUCUCGUGUUAUCUUUUCAAAUAACGCAACAAACUACAUACCGUGGAUCCGUGACUUGCUCGCGUCAAACCCAAGACGUAAUAAUAUGAAGUGACUGUUUUUUCUCCAAACGUUGGCAUUUAGAAGUGAGAGUCGCGGGUCUUUUAGUGAGACCUCCAAACUGUGACCCCGUGUCGCGGUAGGCGUUCGCACGAUAAAGAAGCCCUCACUGCUACGACCCUGAGCUCCACAAGUUUACAAGUCUAAGUUGUGGCACUUCGCCUAACUACAGCUGGUGACGUCUCAAAACGAGCGAAAACUCUCGAAGGAACAUAAACAAAUAAGUAAAGAAAUAUACAAAAUCGCUUGUAUCUCUGAUAUUGAAACAGCGUUUAUAUUUCACGGUAAAUAGAUAAAUGUAACAAAGUUUAUUUUGAUAUAAUGAAGUUGGAUGUUUGCUCUCGAAAAACGAUUUACCUUUAUCUAAUCUCAAAAAACACAAUUCAAUUGAAUAUUUACAAGUACAUUUAAAGAAGACAUGUCGUGACUGAAGGAAAUCAUAAUAGAUUGUGUGCAAUAUUGGUAUGCUGUAAGGAGGCCGAAACCCGUCACCAAAAUAAAAGACGUUGCUGAAUGUUUUCACGGGGUGCACUCGGCUUCUCUAAAGAAAAUAGGUACACAAUCAUGACAGACACGCUUACAGAGAUAAAUGAGAAUACAAAAAUGGCUCGAGAAACAGCCUUGUUUGGACAGUAUGACACGUCGCUGGUCUACUACCAGGGGGUCAUUCAGCAGAUUCAGAAAUACAUGUCUGCCGUUAACAAAGAUCCAGACAGGAGGCGAAAAUGGAUGCAGGCUCGAGACAUGAUAGCCUCAGAAUGUGAUCAGGUGAAAGAGAUCUGUGAUACCCUGGCAAGCUUCAAGUCCAACCCCAGACCCUCCGCCUACAACUCUUAUGACAACCAGGAGAUUGGAUCUCCGUACGGAGAUUAUGGCAGAAAUGAUUAUUCCCGACAUGAAGAGCCAACUAGGGACCCUGAUGUUUGGCCUCCACCAACUCCUGUGGAUCAUAGACCAGGACCAAAUUACCGUGGUGGUGUUCGCCAGCCAGUCAGAAAACCAGAGCCUGCCAGGAACCGAGCAGCACCAAGUCGCGCAGGGCCUGGGGACAGAAGAGGCCCCAGUCAGCCUAGUGGUCGAGGGGCCAGGGCUGGAGGCCCAGGUCAAAAGGACAACAAGAAGAAGGGAGAUGAUGGAGAGAAGAAGUUUGACCCUACUGGUUAUGAUAAAGAUUUGGUGGAAAACUUGGAAAGGGACAUUGUACAGAAAAAUCCUAAUGUCAGUUGGGACAGUAUAGCUGAUCUGAUAGAAGCCAAAGCUCUCCUGAAGGAGGCUGUGGUUUUACCUCUAGUCAUUCCAGACUUCUUUAAAGGAAUUAGGAGGCCUUGGAGGGGAGUAUUAAUGGUGGGCCCCCCGGGCACUGGUAAAACCAUGCUGGCCAAAGCGGUAGCAACAGAAUGCGGCACCACAUUUUUUAAUAUCUCCUCUUCCACCCUCACCUCCAAAUGGAGAGGGGAAUCCGAGAAGCUUGUUCGAGUUCUGUUUGAAAUGGGGGUGUUGAUGGUCGGCCCACCGGGAACUGGCAAGACCAUGUUAGCUAAGGCUGUGGCUACAGAGUGUGGGACGACGUUUUUUAAUGUCACGUCCUCGACGCUCACGUCUAAGUACCAUGGGGAGUCGGAGAAACUGGUGCGGAUAUUGUUCGAGAUGGCUCGUUUCUAUGCACCCAGUACAAUAUUCAUCGAUGAAAUUGACUCUAUCUGCUCGAAGAGAGGCGGGGGACAGGAACACGAGGCCAGUCGACGGGUCAAGUCGGAACUGCUGAUACAGAUGGACGGUGUGUCUGCCACCCAGUCAACGGAUGAAGAGGGAGAGAACAAGAUAGUAAUGGUCUUGGCGGCUACCAAUUUCCCCUGGGACUUGGAUGAGGCCCUUAGGAGGCGACUAGAGAAACGAAUCUACAUUCCACUGCCCACAGAAAAAGGGAGAGAAGAGUUGCUGAAAAUCAACCUGAAAGGAGUACAAAUCGCUAAUGAUGUAAAUCUCCGUGAUGUCGCCAAAAAUUUGGAUGGUUACUCGGGUGCUGAUAUAACAAAUGUCUGCAGAGAUGCUGCCAUGAUGUCAUUCCGUCGUAGAAUAAGUGGGCUGAAUGCAGAACAAAUUCGGAUGAUUCCAAAAGAGGAACUAGAACUCCCUCCUACCAUGGAGGACUUCAAGAAUGCGAUUAAAAAGGUCAACAAAAGUGUGUCUAGUGAAGAUCUGGAAAAAAAGAAAAUGGCGGAGAUCGCUGACUCGGAGAACGAGAACCAGACAGAUGUAGAUCACCAGAGUUUUAACAUAGACAAUGUGAACACAGCCGAGUCAACGACCUUUAACCCUGAUCACAUGAUGGAAGUCGACAAGGUAACAGAGGCUGGUUCCUCUGUGGAUGCUGCAGACCACAUGUCAUGGUCUGGCGAUUCUCUUGAACAAAGUCUCCGUCUGGAGGAAGUUCCUGUAAUAGCAGGGGGAGAUAAUUCCAGCUUGCAGUGUACGUCUCCCGCAGAGAAACGGCAACGAAUAGAUGACAACACUAAAGAAUCACCUCGAACAUCGGCCAGGUCAUCUCCAAGACCGCAAACAGGCGAUGAUCAGUCAGAAUCGUCUGAGAAAGCGUCCUCAUUGGACAGUACUGGAAAAAGUCCGGAUCACAAAAUAAAAGAUGCACAACGAAAAGAAAAAGACAAAGAAAGAGAGGAGAGGAUCCGGAUUCAACGAGAGAAAAUGGCAGAGGAGCGGGCAAAGAAGUUAGAGGAAAUGAGGGAACAACAAAGAAUGGCCCAAGAAAAGCGAGAGAAACAGCUGGAGCUUCGCCGAAUGAAGAUCGAGGAACUGCGGAGGCGGGAUGAGGAACGAAGAAUUGCAGUGGAAGAACGACGCAGAAAACUAGAGAACCAGGAUAAGGCAAGAAAAGAGGCCAUUAUACAGAAAUCCAAUGAGCGCCUGACUCGAUAUGAACAAUGGAAGGCCCAGAUGAGCAGUCGUAAAGGUGGGAUUAGCUAUGUGAUCGGCUUUGGAAGUCGAGCACCACGCACAGUGUGUCAGCCUCUAGAGCGCCGCCGAUCAUCUUCUCAUAGCACAAUCUAUCGCCGCUCGCCUCAGGGUUCCGACGCUGACUCUUAUAUCCCUCACCGCCGGGCUUUCUCGGCCUGCAGCGUGCGGAGACACUGCUGUAUAGAUAUUAACAAACUCACUGGGCAGGCACCUAGUGGACCCCCGCCAACCCGGCCGAAGAGCACAAUGAACCUGUCACACAGGGAGCCAGUCAAGCUCCGUGAGAAGACCACCCCCAGGAAGCCACGCCCAGCAAGUGUGGCAGGAUCCACACCCAGCUUCUCUCCUAAUGUGAAGAAGACAUCAGACUCCCGAAGCAAGAGCACAGACCGGAUCUCCAGGCCUAGAGAGCGAUCUAAGCCUCCAACUCCCAAAAUGUAUCCAAAGAAAGAUAUGGACACACAGAAAAAAGACAAAGACACUCCUAAGAGAGAAACUCCGAAGGAAAUCACAAAGAGAGAUCUGUCCAAAGACAUAGCAAAGAAAGAGAAAACACCUGUGAAGAAAGACACUCCCAAACGAGAGAAGGACGAACAAAACAAGCAGGAGAAGGCUUUAGAGAGGAAGACCCCAACAAAGCAACUGGAGACAAAGACUCCAACUAAACCUGGAGCCAAGGACAUCAAGAAAGAGUUCAAGGUCAAGAAAUCAAUAGCAACAACUCCAGAGAAAGAGAAAGCUUUGCUGGAUCAGAAACCAGAAUCAGAGACAAAGGAAGAGAAAGAUGCUGCAGAAAAUGUUCCUGAUAUUGUAGAGAAAUCAGUUAUUGCAGAGCUCGAUAUUGAAGAAAUCACAAAACCAAAGGAUAUGGUUUCUUCAGAAACAGCCGAGGAAUCUCAGCCAGUAUCAGAAACAGCCACUUCUCCAGAGCCAGAGGACAAACCAGAAACACCGUCCCCAAAACCGGGAACACCAGAACUGACAGGUGAGCUAACACCAUCCUCUGCACUGAGCACUCCAGAGAAGAUGUCCACUAGAUCAGUGUCUCCUAAACCAGGCACCCCCGAGAAGGUAGCCAUGAGGGCACUCUCUCCUAAACCAGGCACCCCCGAGAAGCUAGCAACAAGGGCUGUCUCCCCUAAACCAGGGACCCCAGAACCUCCUUCUGUCAGGGCAGCAUCCCCUAAAGCCUCCACCCCGUCCUCUGCUGGCAAAAGUAAGAAGGAGCUGGAACUGGAAGAAUACAAGAACAAACUGGCAGAGAAACGACGUCAGGCGAGAGAGAAGGCGGAGCGAGAGGCGGAGCUAGAGAGACAGAGGCAGGAGGAGCUUCGACGAGAAGAAGAAGAGCGACAGAGACAAGAAGAAGAGGAACAGAGGAGAAUGGAGGAGGAGGCCCAGCAACUGGCCGCUCAGGCAAGACAGGCUGAGGAAGAGAGGCUCCGAAAGGCUAUUGAAGCAGAGGAGCUCCGAAAGAAAGAGGAACAGGAGAGAUUAGAACAGGAAAAGAAAAUGAAAGAAGAGGCAGAACAGAAAGCGAAGGAGGAAGCUGAGAAAGCCGAGCGAGAGAGACAGGAGAAGGCCAAGAAAGAUGAGAUGGAACGUCAAGAGAGGAAAAAGAGGUUGGAGAUGAUCAUGAAGAGGGUGAAAUCUGAUUCUCCUAUGAACACUUCCGCUUCCACAGAAAAUCUCCGGAGUGAAGGCAUGGCGUCAUCUCUCUCUAGUUCCCUUUUGGGAUCUCUGAAUGCUUCUGCGGAGAGACUGGAUGAGAAGACCACUGAAAACGGAGUAACGUUUAAUCUAGAGGACACAAACGGGGAGGGGAAACCCCAGGACAGCGCGACAGCCAAAUUCAAGUCUCCACUGCUACAAAAACUUGUGGAAAACAAAUCCCAAAACGGCAGCAGUGAAACACCCAAGUUCAAGUCUCCAUUAUUGCAAAAUUUAUUAGGGAAAAAGGGAAGAUUAAAUUUAGAGAAAUUAGACAGUGAAAAGUCGGAUGGUUCAGACUCUGAGAGAAAUGAUUCAAAGCCAGAGAAUGAGGAGGGUUACACUUCUGAGACUAGUGAUAGUGGUCUUCCACUGAAGAGUUCCUCUCAAGGGGAUGUAACUCUAGAAAAAAGUGAUAGUAUAGAGAGUGAGGAGAAUAGUAACUCUAGUGACAGUAAGGGAGAGAAUAUGAUGCACAGUGAUGAGAGUAUACCAGUUCAGAAUGGUGGACUACAUGAAGGACUCAUAGACUCUAGUAUUAGCAUGACAACAGAUGCCUCCUUGGGAACUUCUGUGACAGUUGAAGGGUCUCUCAGUGCUUCACAUACAGAGCAGGUGCCCUCUGAAACAGAAUUUGAGGAAGUUAUAGACUUAAACAAUAGGAACAAAACAUUAACUAAUACGGAGGACUUCUUGAAUUUGAAUACCGUUGAGAAUUUAGACAACAGAGACACUGGAGACGACAUCAUACCUAAACCAAUCAUCGCCUUCGAAGACAAUGCAACCCGGAGACAAGAAGUCACAGUCUUAACCAAUGGGGUAACCAUGGGGACAGAUGAUUCCACCAAUCAUCAUAAUGGGAUCGAGGCAGGAACUCCUGAGGGUGUAUCCUCAUCCUCGGUCAUUGUAAGUCAUUCUGUUGUGACAUCAUCAGCGGGAGACAUUAAGGAUUCGCGGGCCCCCAGUCAGAUGGACACACUGUGGCAACAGCUGGAGAAGGCCAUGGUGUCCAGUAUUGAUCAUGUCCGGUCAACACUGGAGGAUCAUGGGAUAGGUGAAGGAGAUGAAGACAGUGAGUCAGAGGAGGGACAUAUUUGGAGAAUGGUGCAGGGGGAUUCCCCUUACACUAUUGAAUUUGUCUGACAAAGACCCUUACUAACUGUGUUAGAUUCAAAAUGUGUGUAUCAGUAAAAUUAUGAUGAUUUAAUGUAACAGUAGUUGUACAUCAGUGGAGCAUUACAAGAUACCAAUGAAAUAAUGUUUUAUUUAAAUCUUGAGGUUGGAAUCUCAUUAAAAGUUUCCAUGUGUUAUCAGUGCUCAAAAGCAGAGAAAUUGGUAAACUUGAUAGACUUCUUCAAGGAAUCCCAUUUGUUCCCCAUUGUGAUCCCCAGCCAUCCAUUCUAUGUAUAGAUUCACAAGGUACUAGUAUUUAUUUCUUAUCACUCACAGUCACAUGACUGUCACGUGAUCUGUGAAUGUUGGCGUUAUGGGUUACAGAUUUUGUGAUUUUUUUCCCUCCCAAGUUCAUAAAGCAUUUGCUUGUAUUUGAAUAGUGCAUAUUUAUGGUAUUUUAAAGGUUAUUGUUACUAAGUGCAUCAUUUACUUUUUAUGAUUUUUUUGUACAGUUAUUUUUUAAAUUUAUUUUUCCAAUGUUGAACAUGUGGAAUAAUAGCAAGACUGGUGAAUGCGUAUUGAAUCCUCUUGAGAAGUCUGUUUUCUCUGCAAGUGCUCAUCUGUGUGUAGUAAACUGUGACUGGUGUGUCUGAAAUAUAGAGAGAAAAAAAAGGAGUUGUAACUUUGGUGAUAUCUUCUUAUUAUUGCAGUAAGUAAUGUGUAUCUUAAUAUAGGUAUUUUAAACAAUAUUGCCAGUAUUUAUUAUAACAAAUAUCCAUAUCUAGUCUUUGUAUCCAUUCAGUAUGCAAAUAGCAUAAAGAUUGUUAUUUCUUCCCAAACACCCCCCCCUAAAAAAAAAAUGUUUGGGACUUUGCCAGUUCAAUACCUCAGGACAUUAGGUUUGUUUCAGAUUUAGUUAAUUAAUGACAAACAGAAACUGACAAACCACCCAUUUUGUAAUUAAUGUUUUAUGUUAUAUUUUACUGUGGGACACAUUUCAUGUGUUUGUAUUGUGUUAAACAUCUCUAUGGCAGAGGAUGCAUGGCAAUAUUUUAACAUUGCGUGUCACCUAAUCAAAUUGGAUAUUUCUUAUUUUAAAAUUCACAAACAAUUCCAGCAUUUUUGGUUUUAUUUGAAAAUCAUAAUUUUAUUGGUACAUGUUAUAAUAUGCUGUGAUUCAUGAACUAGCUGUAGGAGAAAGAUCUAGAUUGUUCUAGGUCCCAUCUGAAGGCUUGGGCUCAUGCCUCCUUAUAAAACACAGGCUUAGUAACUGGGAUUCUUUCUUUCAUUAUAAAUCAUUUUGAUUUUCAUUUUUUUCAUUACUUGUAAUAAGCUUAGUGGUCAUGUAUAUAAUGUGUCCUUGCACUGCAAAAUAAGACUUCAAUGAAAUUCUGGUGAUUUAAUUAAAUCCCAGAUUCCAAUAUUGUGAGAUCUUCAUGAGUUAGAAAUAAUCCUGUUUUUCAUCAGACAACAUCAACGAUUAUCUAAUGCUGUCUUAAUACAAUCUCCAAUACAACUUUCUAAUCUUGUUCCAUUACAAGCUAUUUAACAACUUAGUGCAGAUUAAGAAAGAUAACUCUGUCAGGAUUAGCAGGUGCUUGUGGACACAUUAUGAACGGACCUCCCAGGGGUGAUGGGCAGACCAGAGCACACCUCUACAUCCCUUGUUCAUGUUCAGAUUUCGACAGAAACAAACAAGGGCAUUAACUUCAGCCAUUCAUUUUCAUUUAAGGGUUAUGGUAAAGCAACAUGCUGGAAUUGUUUGUGUUUGUGCACUUGCAAUGCCUUCAAUCUGAAACCAUCUAAAACUGUUGUUACUGUUUGAAAUAAUCAUAUUGAGCAAGGAAUUUUUUUCCUUCUCCACCUAUUGAUUUCUUACUGACUGGUUUAACAAUGACCUCUAAUUGUUUACCGUGUAAUUAAUUAAAAUUUUCUGAUUAACAGACCGCAACUUACAUGACUGUACUUUCGAUAUGACUGUGUACCUUCGAUGUAAUUGUGAUGAAUCCCCUCUGGUUCUGUGUAGCGGUUUUUUUUUUUUCAUUCUUGGUUCUGUAACAUGGCUAUAUGUACAUGAAUGAUCUAGCUUUGCUUUUUCUGAUGUGAGGUAAAUGCAGAGCUACUGUGUCUUGUCACUACAAAAGGUAAAUAAAACACAAAGAACUA